ACUCAACCACUCAUUCACCCGACCACUCAAUCGCCCGCUUAUUCACUCAUUAAUUACCAACCACCAUUCCCACCUCUUACUAACUCACUCGUCCAAUCUCCUAACCACUCACUGACCCACCCGACCACUCAUUCACUAAGCUACCUAAAGGCUCACCCACGCAUCCAACUAUCCAUUGGACUACUACCUAAUAAUACACUCACCCAACCACCCAGUCAUAUACACAACCAUUCACACAAACGUUCACUCGCGCCCAAUCAUUUACUCAUCGACCCAUCAUCCCAACCACUCGCUCACCCAAUCAACAAAACACUCAAUGACUCCCCCACCAACCCAACCUGCCACUCAUUGAACCAUCAUCCCAAUCACUCACUGAGCCUGUCACCUACCCAACUACUCAUUCAUCGACUCAACCACUCACUCAUCGACCCAUCAUCGCAACCGCUCACCCACCCAAGCACCCCCUCCAUCCCUAUCCCCUCCGCACUCGUGAAAGUGUCACCUCGUCCCCGCCCCCAAAUCAUUCAACAAAAACUCCCCUCCCCCCAACCUCCUGGCCUCCAUCCAUCCUCCUCCUCCCUUUUGCCCCCCCCUCCCAGCUCUUUCUCUGAACUCACAGUGGGAGUUUGCAGGCAUCACGGGGGAGGAAGGAGACAGACGGACGGACGCGGUAGCGGCUACGUCAGCCGCGGGGGCCUCUCUACCUGCAGAGGGAGAGCACGGGCGAGGGCGAUUCCGCUGGGUGCUGCGUGCCCGCGAUGGUUGUGGGGGCGGCGACUUCGGGGUGGAGGCGCGCGACAAAUACCGUGGCCAGCGGCGCCCGCUCGCGUCCAUCGUCGAAGGAGCUCUCGGCCAAAUCGAUGCUCUUAUUAGGCAGGCCUCGUUAACGUUAUUUUGUUGUUGUACAUUUCUUAUAUAUACAGGUGCAAGGUGGAUUGAAAGCGACUGAAUUUGGAAGUCGGCGACACAAGGACUGAAACUCCACUACUUAUUGCCGGGCAAGACUGUUGGGGCGAGUGCUAUUAGCGAGCACCUAUUAAGGCAAGACAAAGGUCGACAAAGACACGCAGACUGCCGUUCCCUCGGUUGGAGACACUCGGAGAAGAUCCAACUCGCUCCAAAACAUCGUGUCCACCGCAUGAAGGACGUGGAGCUGCCUCUACUCUCUCGUGGCAAUGAUGUCCGUAGCUGCCGCGUCCCCCGUCCUCCUCCUCGUCUCGUCCCUGUACCUCUCGGGGGGGUGCCUUGGGCUCUUUCAGGCCGAGCCGGGGCCGGCGGUGGCGGCCCCCGUGCCGCGCCACCACAGGGCCUCGUACAGCCUCUAUGGAGGCGCGCAUGGGCACGGAGCGGGCAGCAGCAGCAGCAGCAGCGGGAGCGGCAGGGUUAGAGGCAGGAACUGGUGCGCGCGGCACGUGACGCGGAACGUCUCGUGCGCCGUGCUUAACGGCUCGCACUCGCACGUCCGGGCCGAGCCUCAGCGCUGUCGCUGGGGUCAGGACAACUGUCCAGGCGGCCGCACCACCUACCUGUACCGCGCGUACCUCACGCCCGUGUACAAGGUGGGAUACAAGAGCGUGACGGAGCUCAAGUGGAGCUGCUGUCCAGGAUUCUCGGGGUCAGACUGCGAGGUCGGAGUCUCGGGCCACAGUGGCCGCCCCUCGCCCACCCCGGCCACACCGGGGCGGCCACAUCGCGUCAACGGGCACGGUGGCCCCCCGCGAGCCGUGCCCGCGCUGGGCGAGCGCGUGGUGCGCGUGGAGGCCGCGCUGUCCCAGCUGGGGGCGAGCGUCCUCGCGCUGCGCUCCUCGCUCGGCGAUGCGGACGGGCGGCCGGCGCCGCCGCGGGACGGGGGCGUCCUGGAGGCGCUGGGCAGGGUGGACGAGGUGGAGGAGGCGUUGAGGAGGAAGAGCGACGCUCUGGACGAGCUGCGGGGCCUCGUGUUCGCUCACGGGCACCGCAUCGAGGAGCUCGCCGAGGGCGGCGCCGCCCGGCGGAAGGCGGUGGAUGAGGAAAAGGCGCCCGACUACGCCGCCAUCGUCACGGCGGCGCUGAGGGAGCGCGGCGGCGGCGGCGGUCCGGCGCCCGUGCUCACCGGCGCCGCCCACGGGGCCCACGGAGCCCACGGGGCCGUGCUCAACGGGAUUGGCGAGGAAGGCGCCGGGGAGCCGUGCGGGGAGGCGUGUGCCGAGCGCCUCCUCGACCUGGAGCGGCGGCUCGAGGAGGAGCGGCUCGAGAGCCAUCGCUUCCGGCUGCACGUGAACGCCACGGUGAGCGAGCUGCGCCAGGAGCUCCAUUCCCUCCACGGCUCCGUGGAGGCGGCGGCGGCGGCCGUGGCGGCGGCCCGGCCCCUCGAGGAGCCCGAGGAGCCGCCGCUCGUCGCUCUGCUGCUGCGGCGGCUCGCGGACGUGGAGUCCCGGGUGGACGCGUCGCCGUGCUGCUCGCCGGGCGCCGCUGCCGGGGUGGAGGGGCGACUCGCGGCUCUGGACGCGCGGCUGUCCCACGUGGAGCGCGAGCUGACGGACGGCGGAGGGGAUGGCGCCGAGCUGGAAGGAGCGUGGCGCGCGGAGGCGGAGCUCGCGGCUCGGCGCCUCGACACCCUCGAGGGCGCCGUGCGUCGCCUGGCGGAGCGCGGCGAGGCCACCGAACGUGCGGCGGACGCCGUCCGGGUCGAGGCGGAGGCGCUUCGGCGCACCGCGGCCCAGCUCAACGCGCCGCUCGCCGACGGCGCCGAGGCGGAGCGGCCCCUGGGCGACGAGGUGUCGCGUCUGGGGGACGAGGUGUCGCGUCUGGGGGACGAGGUGUCGCGGUUGGGAGAGCGCGCGUCCGCCGCCGACGGCAGGGCGGCCCGCCUCGAGGGGGAGGUGGCGCGGGUGGAGGCCGUGGCGGCCGAGGACGCGCGGCGGUGCCGGGAGUCGUGCCCGGGGGCUGCGGCGGCGCGGCCGGCGUGGGAGGCGUGUGGCGGCGAGGCCUUCUGCCUCAAGCUCGACUCCAUCUCGCUGGGCCUGCGCGGCCUGCGCGACGGCCUCACGGAGCACGUGGCCGCGCUGUGGGACCGCCUGCUGGAGGUGAACGGCACCGUGGGGACUCACGGCGCCGAGCUGCGCGCUCUGCAGGGCGCCGGCGUGCGGGGGGCGGCCGCCACCGUAGCCCCCCCUCAGCAGACCGGGUCGCUGCCGAUUGAGACGCUGGCUGGGCUGCCCGAGGGGCGGCCCCCGUACCCGCGCUGCGCCGCCUUCUCGGCCGCGCUCACGCGGCCCGCGGGCCAGCACGAGACCGUCAAGUUCGACCGCGUGCUCGUCAACGACGGCGGCCACUACGACCCCGAGAGCGGGAUCUUCCAAGUGCCGUUCGACGGCCGCUACCUGGUGUCGGUAACGGUGUCCGGGGGGCCACGCGGCGUUCCCGUGGACGCGCUGCUCGCCGUGUCCGAGGAGCCGCUGCUGCGACUCCGCUCGCCCGCGCCGGUGGCGGCGGCGUCUCCGGCCGAGGAGGGGGUGGCGGGGGAGGAGGGGGGCCGAGCGGUGGAACCCUGGGCCCCCGGGGAGGCGGGGGUGGCCUCCGCCUCGCUGGUGGUGUGCCUCAAGGCGGGCCAGGCGCUGUACGUGGAGAACGCUGGCGGUGCGGUGGCGCACGGCGACGAGUCGCGAUCCACCUUCAGCGCCGUGCUCCUCUACGAGGCCGACGCCUGAGACGAGCCGAGCCCUCGCCCCCAACCCUCGCCCCGAGCCGAGCCAUCUCUCACAGACUCACGUUAGAACCCACAGACUCACGUAGGAACCCACAGACUCACGUAGGAACCCACAGACUCACUCAGGGACCCACAGACUCGCAUCGGGACCCAUAAAAUAUUGCUUCUCCCGUGCGCAUCGUCAACUUAAGAAUCGAAUAAUCGAUGCAGUGAUCCGCUCAUGGACCUUACCACUGCCGUCCACCACAAUGCAGGUCAAUAGCUAUUGAAGUUGAUCUUGUGUAUCUAGAUGAAAACUCAAGCUACCAAGGUAGAGUCCCAUUCGCGAGAGUGAGCUGGUGCAUCAGUCUGCUGCCAGUCGGCGGCAAUGAUAACUGUUGCUGCUGCCGCUGCCGUGUGUGUGAUUCUCUAACUUGGAAAAUUUGGGACCGGCGCACAUUGGCCUACUUCUUGCGAAUGUAGUCAAGGAAUCUUUAAUGUCAAACGUGAGUGGAGCAGACGGCGCGUCGUAGGAGUAUUAUUAUCAGGGGUAUUAUACAGAGUGGUAAUAACCAGGGCGGCCGCUUGAAUCGAACCGCGAAUCUUGGCAAAGAAGGCGAACGAGAUGGUGGUGAGCCGCUAACAACGAGCUUGCUGCAUCGCGAUUGAUGAACAGCACUCGGCUGUUCGGGCUUUUAUACCCGGGGCCCGGGGCAACUCACACCUUGCGGGGCCCAACGACGCCUUCCAACUAAGCCGGACAUACAUCAGACACCGUGACGUCAAAACGCGGGGGCCCGGGGCGGUCGCCCCGAUUGGCCGUACCCUAGGGACGCCGCUGUUUAUAUCGAACGCGGUGUUGGGUGGCGGUGGAGAACGCGUCAUGUGAGUGAGCCGCUGCUGUGCACGAGAGAGAGAUGCUGCCCUGAUGUGUUGUAUUGAGAUGGCAUUCAAGCGUCGUAGAAAAGAAUGCCACGUUGAAUAAAGACAUGCAUUUCCUA